UCGGCUCAUCGCGUAUCGCAUCUCUGGCACGGCACCUGGCCAACCAACGUCAUGCCGAAUCAAGGACCACGUAAGCGAAAAGAAAAGGAUAAGGACAAAUUAAAAGAUGAUGGCAAGAAUAUGGCAAAAUCGAAGCAAACGACUGGUUUUUGGGCUGGAAAUGAUACCAUGGAAACAGAAAUUGAUUCAAGAGGUAGUAGACCUCAGAAUGAACCAUCUGGUGAAAGACGGUCUCUUCUGAGAGAUUGUUUCUGUCGCUGUCUACAUUCAUUGAAGUGGGUCGUGUUCUUACUAGUCCUACCAGCGAUUCUUAACCAUGCAUCUCUAUACAAGGAAGCAGAAUACCUGAGACCAAAAGGUGAAUUAUUAUCUGUAGGCUUAGAAGAUCACAAAAUGUUCAUCACAUGUUCAGGGGAAGGAGAACCCACAGUGAUUCUAGAUGCCCCUACUGGUAUGUCAUCAGAUGUUUGGUGUCUGGUCCAGCCAAGAAUAGCAAAGUUUACACGAGUUUGUUCAUAUGAUAGAACUGCAUUGGGAUUUAGCUCUCCAUACCCGUAUCAGUUUCCAGAAAAUGAUGAUACUCCUGGUCCCAUAUCAAGCAAAAUGGCAAGCAGGAUUACCAAAGGACAAGAAAGUACAACAGAGAGGAUGGUGGAUGACCUACACUCCUUGCUUCACAUCAACUAUACAUACACCAAGCCGCCAUUUAUUAUUGUGGGGUCAGAAUUAGGAGCCACAAAUGCCAUGUUUUAUGCACAGAUGUUUGAAAAAGAAGUAAGUGAUGUAGUUCUUAUAGAUCCUCUUGUUGAGGGCAUCUUUGAAAUUGAUGAUGCAGUCUUAGAGCAAUUCUGGUAUGGUCAUCUGGUGCCCACUCUUCAGUCUUUGCAGCUCUCAGCUGCUAUUGGUCUAACCAGGCUAGGAUUGAUGCUUGGCCUGGUAGAGCAGCCAAUCAAAGGAGAGGUUAUAUCAGAAGAAGUCAAUGCUAGACAAAAAUAUUUAAUGUGCUUGCCAAGGCAUAUCAGAGGAGCCGUGGAAGAAUAUUUUUGGGCCAACCAAAGUUUAUCUCAAAUAAAAACUGCAUACACAGUAAAGCCUUUUCCAAAGAAUGUAUCUGUUACUGUGAUAACUGGCAAUUAUUAUGAUGAAGAACUACCAAGUCAAUUAAAUAAGGUAAGUCCCUGAAAAAGACAAUAUCAAUGAAUAUGAUCUAAUGUACCUAC